AUGGAUGGUGACAUUGAGGCGAUGGUAAAAAGGUGCAUCACCUGUCAAGAAUCUCGACCAGAGAAGUCUAAGUCAGCUAUACAUCCUUGGGAAGAAACGUCAAAGCCAUGGUCACGCCUACAUGUAGACUUCGCAGGUCCCUUUCAAGGUAAAAUUGUUUUUAUUCUAGUAGAUUCUUAUUCUACUACAAGCACAAGCUGUGCAAUCGACAGUCUUUGUUCUAUAUUCGCGACACAUGGAUUACCAGAUUCAAUUGUAUCUGACAAUGGAACAGCCUUCACCUCUGAGGUUUUCAGUCAGUUUUGUAGGAAUAAUCUUAUUUCACACAUCCUUUCUGCUCCUUUUCACCCAUCGACCAAUGGACAGGCAGAAAGGAUGGUUCGUACUACUAAGGAUUAUAUCAAACGGAAUAACAACGGAUGUGUUAAGCUUCGCCUGGCAAGGUUCCUGCUACUUAGUCAUACUACACCAUCAACAGUUACUGGAAAAUCUCCGGCAGAAAUCUUGUUCAAGUGUCGACCGAUGACAUACUUUGAUAAAAUCCACCCUGAUAGUCAACCGCUUCGUUCAUCCAAAAAAGAUCACGUUACAGGUAAUGAUCUACAAUUACAAACCGAUGAAUCUGUUUGGAUAAGAAACUAUUCAAAAGGGCCUAUUUGGAUUUCGGUCGAAAUAAGCAAACAAACGGGUCCAGUAUCAUAUUUAGUAAGAACUGACGAUGGAAAGACGGUUCGCAGACAUUCAGACCAAAUUCGACUUAGGAGUCCAGAGACUCAUAAAGAACCGGAUCCGAAACAACUAUAA